AUGUCCACGGUCAAUCCAGUUAACCCAAAGCCUUUUAUGCAGGAGUUGACCGGGAAGCCGGUCUACGUUAGGCUGAAGUGGGGGUUGGAGUACAAGGGCUUCCUCGUCAGCACGGACGGAUAUAUGAACCUCCAGUUGGCCAACACGGAAGAGUUCCAAGAUGGCAAAUCGAACGGUGCGCUUGGCGAAGUUUUCAUUCGGUGCGUCUGAAAAACAUAU